AUGUAUCGACCCCGGAGUGAUGAAAGACUUGAAGUCAACAUUAUAUUAUUAUUAUUACUGUUAUUACCAUUACUAUUAUCAUUAUUAUUAUUAUUAUUAUUAUUAUUAUUAUUAUUAUUAUUAUUGUUAUUACUAUUAUUGUUAUUACUAUUAUUAUUAUUACUAUUAUUAUUAUUACUAUUAUUAUUAUUAUUACUAUUAUUAUUAUUAUUAUUAUUAUUAUUAUUAUUAUUAUUAUUAUUAUUAUUAUUAUUAUUGGAGUUGGGUGUAGUGUAA